AGGAGGGUCAGGUGGUGACGUAACUUUCCGCUUUAGGUGGCCUUCCACUCGGGCGGCUGUGGGGAAGGGGCUCCGGAACAUUAAGUGGGGCUCCCCAAUCCCUCGGCCUUCGAAAGUGCCAUGAGGUCGGUUAGCUACGUGCAGCGCGUGGCACUGGAGUUUAGCGGGAGCCUCUUUCCGCACGCAAUCUGCCUCGGAGACGUCGACAACGACACGUUAAAUGAGCUUGUGGUAGGAGACACCAGCGGAAAGCUUUCUGUGUAUAAGAAUGAUGACAGCCGGCCAUGGCUUACCUGUUCCUGCCAGGGAAUGCUGACUUGUGUUGGGGUUGGAGAUGUAUGUAAUAAAGGAAAGAAUCUGCUGGUGGCAGUGAGUGCUGAAGGCUGGUUUCAUUUGUUUGACCUCACACCGGCCAAGAUCCUGGAUGCUUCUGGGCACCAUGAGACACUAAUGGGGGAGGAGCAACGUCCAGUCUUCAAGCAGCACAUCCCUGCCAACACCAAGGUCAUGCUGAUCAGCGACAUCGAUGGAGAUGGGCUUUGUGAACUGGUGGUGGGCUACACGGACCGUGUGGUGCGGGCUUUCCGUUGGGAAGAGCUGGGUGAGGGCCCUGAACACCUGACAGGGCAGCUGGUAUCCCUCAAGAAAUGGACACUGGAGGGUCAGGUGGACAGCCUCUCGGUGACUCCAGGGCCUUUGGGUGUUCCUGAACUGAUGGUUUCUCAGCCAGGCUGUGCUUAUGCAAUUCUACUGUGUACCUGGAACAAGGACACUAAGUCCCCUCCUGCCUUUGAGGGAGCCACAGAGGGCAAUAGGGAGACCCCAGCCGCCCGGGAUGUGGUACUGCAUCAGACUUCUGGCCGUAUCCACAACAAGAAUGUCUCUACUCACCUAAUUGGCAACAUCAAACAAGGCCAUGGCCCUGAGAGUGGUGGCUCUGGCCUCUUUGCUCUGUGCACCCUGGAUGGAACACUGAAGCUCAUGGAGGAAGCAGAUAAGCUCCUGUGGUCGGUGCAGGUGGAUCAUCAGCUUUUUGCCCUGGAGAAAUUAGAUGUCACGGGCAAUGGACAUGAGGAGGUAGUUGCAUGUGCCUGGGAUGGACAGACAUAUAUUAUCGAUCACAACCGCACUGUCGUCCGCUUCCAAGUGGAUGAAAAUAUCCGUGCCUUCUGUGCAGGCCUGUAUGCCUGCAAAGAAGGCCGUAACAGCCCUUGCCUUGUGUAUGUCACAUUCAACCAGAAGAUAUAUGUGUAUUGGGAGGUGCAGCUGGAGCGUAUGGAGUCUACCAACCUGCUGAAAGUGCUGGAGGCUGAGCCAGAUUACCGUAGCCUGUUGCAGGAGCUAAGAGUGGAUCCUGACGACCUCCCUGCAGUCCGUGCCCUGCUUCACCAAACCCUCUACCAUCCAGCCCAGCCAGCACAGUGUGCUCCCUUAAGCCUUCAGGAUCCCACCUAGCUGGACCUGCCCUCAUGACUGGUGAAGGACCCAUCUGAGUCCCACUCCACCCCCCAGCGGCGUCAGAGGAGCAAGAUAUGACUCUGGGCAUAAAAGAUAGUGGCAACCCUAAGGUGACUACAAACUGUAAACCCUGCAAUUUUUUUGGUGAAAGAAGACACAAAUUGACCCUAUGCCCAUUUCCUCAUGGACCUCACCUAUCACACAUCAGCAGGGUCAUAGGACCCUGGCCUUACUCCAAAUUAUUGGAGAUGUGCUACGCCCCUCUCCCAAGCUCCCCAGUCUCACUGUGUAGAAAACAUUGUGAGGAGGGAGUUCAAAUCUUUUGCAUGGCCCCAACACCCUAAGGAAACCAGGCUUUGGGCCUAGGGGAGCAGUGGAGGUAAGGGCCCCACUCACCCUAAGCUCCAUCUUUCCUGGCACAACUCCAAGUCAUUGACAUCGAUAAUAAUUACAGGAAUAAGGGCCAGGCAUGGUGGCUUACACCUGUAAUCCUAGCACUCUGGGAGGCUCAGGCAGAUGGAUUGCCUGAGCUCAGGAGUUUGAGACCAGCCUGAGCAAGAGCAAGACCCUGUCUCUAAAACUAGCCAGCAGCACCUUUAGUCCCAGGUUGUUAGGCUGAGGCAAGAGAAUUGCUUGAAUCCAAGAGUUUGAGGUUGCUGUGAGCUGUGAUACCACUGCACUGUAUCCUGGGAUAACAAGGGUAAAACUCGGUCUCAAAAACAAAACAAAAAUAAUUAUAGGAUUGACACACUGCUUGUUUUAAGGACUCUUGUUUACAGUAUGGUUUUAUGUUCCUAGCAACCCUGAUGAUUUUCCUCUAUUUACCAAAGCAGCCAGGUCAGUGCUGUCUCGUGUUGAGAUGUCUUGAAGUAUGCAGCUUCACAGGCCUUACUGUCUAUAAGACAGUAGACAUCUAAAAUCUGCUGCAGAUAUCAUGGGCCAUUUAUUGUUCUAUCUGCUCUUGAUUCUCUGUGCUCUAAAUCAAUGUUUUGCAUAUUGUAGGUUGCAAUCUUUUGGUGGGUUGUGGCCAGCAUUUUUGAAAUAAGAACAGAAUAAUGUAAAAUAGAAAAUAACAGAGUACAUUACUCACAGUAUAGGUAAGUAUUAUUUUGUUGUAAUUGUAAAUGUAUGUAUGUGCUGAGUGCAAUGCAGUGUUAUUUCCUACUGUAUAAUUUCUAAUUAUACUGACCCAAAUCAG